AGGUGUCAAACGUUCGAUUCCAGCAAAGCAAAAAUCCUCUCAAAAAGUAUCGCGCAAGCAUCUCGUUCGCAUCAUUGUCGUCGUCGUCGUUCCUUCGCCGUCGUUUUUCGUUAUACGUUGUUACAAUAGUUUUCUACACACCGAACGUGUCGUGUGAUUUCGCUUUCCUGGACUGGACACAUCGGGAGAACGUCCUUUUUGGCGUGGAAUACUCGGCCGAGCACCGGAACACAGCUAGCCUACACCUGUUGGUAGAUUCCUAACCGGGGAAUUAGAACGGGGACUUGCAAGUAGCACAGCAGCAAAUAGCACUACGAGAAAGUUGAGCAAUCGGCUAACUGCACCACAACUGUACGCACAAAGCAUCCAACCAACCCAACACCACACCCCAAAAUAAAACAAUGGCUCCCCAGCAGAGAAUCCGCAUGGCCAACGAGAAGGCCAGCCGCAACAUCACCCAGCGUGGCAACGUGCCCAAGUCGAACAAGAACGCCGAGGAGAAGUACCCGGUCGGACCCUGGCUACUAGCACUGUUCAUCUUCGUCGUGUGCGGUUCUGCCAUAUUCCAGAUCAUCCAAUCGAUCCGCAUCGCGUAAUGUCGAUCGUUUGGACCCGGCUGUGACUCUCAAAUUUACAAAACAAACACACACACAAAAGAAGAAGCGAACACGGCUACAAACUGCAAAAAUAUUCACAAUUCUACUACGUCCGAGAAGUUUUAUUCUCUCCACUUUUUAUCCUUUACACCAGAGCAAACCCAACCACACAGACACUCCUACACCAACAAUUGAUAUUUUGCUGUUCGGUUUUAUUGGUUCUUGUUACGUUGGUUUCCGGUCCAGGACCACCCUUCAUCCAGAAGAGAUCUCCUUAAAACAACCUAAAGUCUCGGAUCAGAAAACAAAACCAAAGGGAAAUUUUCUCCCACAAUUUUUCCCGGGAGAACGACCAAUUCCCAACUUUAAAAACAAAACGAAACAAAGCAUGAAUGUAUGUGUGGGUGUAUCUUAUUAGAACCGGAACUGAUAACCACUGUGCGUGCACUGGUGAAAUUCCACAUACCGUCUAUUGUUUAUUUUCAUUCACUCUCAUACACAAAUUGGUAGCAACAGGCAUUUAUCGCAGCUUACGCAGAUGAAAGAUCAAAUUUAAUUUGUAAACCCUGGACAAAGUUUUCGCUCUACCCUCUUGAGAGCGAAAGAAAGCUGUAAUCGAUAAAAACAAAGUUGGAAAAUUUGUCGUAAAGUGCGUAAAAUGCGUGUCACUUUCUCUUGCAAUAUUCUUAAAUCUUUAAAUAUAUUAUUGAAUGUAUGAUUGUUAAAGCGAAGAAGAGAAUAUCCACAAACAAAUGGUUAUACAAAUAAUUUCGAGCGUAGAUUUUUUUUUAUCCAUGAUUCCACGAUUAGCUAUUAGCAAGACUAACUCCGUUAGUCGGUGCAUUUUUUUUCUCUUUAUCUCUAUUGGAUUGAAGUAAUGCAGAAAGUGUGGAUUAAGGAAAUUUUGUUUUCAAAAUUCAGUAAAAAAAAAGAAAUAGUGAAACACAACAUGACCGUAUCAGGAUCAACGCUAUCUAUCCGGUGGACAUUCGUUUGCAUUGGUAAGAAUAAUUAUGGUUUAUGAAGCACAUAAUUGGGAAGGAACGUAAACGAUGAAAAUGUAAUAUUAAAGAAAUAUAUUGUGUCUUUAAAAUGUA